CUCAGCACAAAGCGACAGGCGGUGUUGGGUUCUCGUGCAUCUCGCAACGGGAUCUUGCGGUCUCACCGCUUCAGUCAAUUGUUUGGCAUCUUCGCAGCAACUAACACCACAGCAUGCUUCCGAUGGAUGUCGACAUACAUCCGCCCGUCUGUAUGAGUAUGCAAGUAUGUAUAUACAUCUGGCGAUAACGGUAGUGGGCAUGUAGUAUGUGGGUAAAAGAAAAAUAAAAAGUGAUUUAGUUAGUCAGUUACCAACUCGGUCCAAAAGUGACUAAGAUGGUUUCAAAUGCGUUUAGGCUUUUUGCAUCUCGCGUUGGUUUUACAACUCAUCCCAUUCCCUCCCUCGAGUCCCCUUCAACUCCCUUCUAACAUGGGGUUCGCUGGGGGAGUGGUCUGGCGGUCAGGCAGGCAAACACCCGGGCGGGCGCCUCAGAAGUCGGCUGAGACGGACAUGGACAUGGGAUUGUUGGCAGUGCUGAAUUCUCGAGGCAAACAAGAGAGCCAUUGGGUUUCCUUUUUUUUUGCGACAUCUGAUUAUUGUUAUCAGCUCGUGCCGCGAUACCAGACUAAAUGGAAAAGGCAAAAAUAAGCAAGCAAAGAAAAGGAAAUAAAGUAAUUCGAUAGAG